GCAGUUGAGGUGGAAGGAAGAGACAUGUUAUGGGAGAAGACACGUCAAGCAAUAAUGUAUGCCUACAAACACCAUGCUGAUGACUACGACUAUUUUCUGAAAGCGGAUGACGACACCUACGUAAUUGUAGAGAACCUUCGUUAUCUACUGGCCGCAAAAAUUCCUGAUGAACCAUUUUUUAUGGGCAGACGUUUCAUUAAAAACGCGAAAACAACUUAUGCCUCUGGAGGAGCAGGUUAUGUAAUCUCACGGGGUGCAUUGAAGAUCGUUGCUAAAGGCAUUUUGGAAGGUGUCGAGGCAUGUCGUAGCGGGUAUAAAGCCGAAGAUCAUGCAUUUGGUAUAUGUGCUGAAGCUCUUGGCGUUCCGAUUAUUGAUAGUUUGGACGAACACGAUUUGGAGCGCUUUCAUCCAUUCGGACCAUUGUAUGUUCUCAGCAAAGAAUUAAUUGAUAGAAAUCCCUGGAUUCAUAAUUACAACUAUUAUUCAAUGAAAACUGGUUUAGAUUGCUGCAGUGAUCACACGGUGUCUUUCCACUACAUCAGCCCAGAUUGGAUGUACGUGAUGGAGUACCUCACCUAUCAUCUCUACCCUUAUGGAAUCGUUCGAGAUCUUCAACAAUAUGAUAUCCUAAUGAAUAUGCUAAAAAAACGCAACUGA